GCAGUCUCCUUCCGACGAAAUAAAAUUGUUGAAAAAGUAUUCGAUGGAAAAUAGAAGAUCCACUUAGCGAUAAACUGUUGAUAAAUAGUUUAUUUUAAUAAUAAAUUCUCAGAGGAAAAUAAUAAUAACAUAUCUCACGAAUCAUUUCCAUUACGAAUCGAUAUUAUUAAAAGUUGGGAAGAUUUCGUAGUUCGCUGUCAAUUCCUGAAUUUAGAUACAACCAAGCAGUACAGCUCCUUGUUCAGGAAAGUCAAUAUGGCUUCUACCAGCACCGUUGAAGUUCCUAGAAAUUUCCGGCUACUUGAGGAAUAUGAAGAAGGCCAGUCAGGUGUAGGUGAGGGAAUAAGCUGGGGAUUGGAAUCAGAUGAUGAUCUUUUAUUUGUCCAUUGGAACGGGACCAUUGUAGGUCCAACUAAGACUCCCUAUGAGGGUAGAAUAUAUAAUUUGAAGAUAGAAUGUAGUCCUAAAUACCCAGAAGAACCUCCUAAUAUUAAAUUUCUCACAAGAAUUAAGAUAAAUGGUGUUAAUGAUACAAAUGGAGUUGUUGAUCGGAAAAAAGUGUGUGUUCUUAAUUGCUGGCAGAAAAACUACACAAUCAAACAUUUACUAACUGAAAUAAGACAAUUGAUGUACAUGAAGGAGAAUCAGAAGUUAUCACAGCCUCAAGAUGGUUCUAUGUUCCAGAAUUAGCAAUUUUUCUCUACCUCUCUUUUUACAAAUCUAGCAGUGGGCUGAACGAAAAUCUAUUUCUACUACUAUUACACAACACCUAUUAUUUUUCUUUUCUUUCCCCCCAGCUGCAACCAACAUCACUUAGCCUAUCCACUUCCCCUCUGUUUCUUUCUCUUUCUCUGUCCAGUUGACUGAUGUAGUUAUGGUCACAUUCCUGUUCCCUCUAUCUUUACCAAUCCUUUAUUACCCCCUUUUUUUGAGGACCCAUGACUAAAAUUAAGUCUCUAUUUGUUCCCUCUUUCAAUAAUGCCAAGAAAAGAAAUUCUGUUAACAUUAUGGCUUGUCUCCAUUAUUAUAUGUCUAAUUAUUGCUUCUUUCUGGAGAAUUUAAUGAAUUUAUGUGCAUAAUUACUGUGCACUAGGCAAACCAGUUUCAAUAUACGAGUAAAGUUUAAAAGAUUAGAAGAAAUAUCUGAGUGUAACUAUGACAAUCUUUAUCUACAACAAAGUAAUAAUCCUCUUUCUCUUGAUUUAAAAACAAAAUCCUUUGUUCUUUCUUUAAUCUAGUGAUUCUGUUAAAGGCAGUGAUCGGUAAUUCUUGUGUAGGCUUUCUUUUUUUAAAUUCUGAGCAUUGCACACUCUGGAUCACUUUAAUCUUUUCUGGAAUUUCUGGUCUUUAAAAUGAAAGCAACUCUAUAAGAUAAUCCAUUAAAAAAAAAAAAAUUUGUGAAAGAUACUCUGAAAAGAAAAAAAAAAUUUUUUUUUUUAUAUUUUAUAUUUUGCAAAUAACAAUAGAAAAGUGUGAGGGCUGGAUGAAAGCAAACCUUAUUUUGUGAAUAUGUGCUUCAAUUGCUUUAGAGAUGGCUUACAUUUUUUAGAGCCUAAAAACAGCACAUUCACUCUGGGAAAAAUGAAGUUAAUGAAAUAAAUUCAACUUUUCAAAGAUAGUGGUUCGUUAUAUAAGUUAUAAUUAAAGAUAGAAAUAUUUUUCUUUCUCUUCUUCUUCCUCUAAUCAGCUUAGUUGUUGAAAAACACAUAACUCCUGGACAUUGUUAUUCUGGACAAAAAGGAAGAAAGUCAAAACAGUUCUUUUAUUUGUCCAAUAAUCUGAAUCAAUAAAUUUGGUAUAAUAAUAACUAAUGAAAAGGAAAAAAUCAUUUUCUUUCAAUAAAAAUGGUUUACUGUUACUUCAGAUUUAAAUGAAAAAAAUAUAUUUUCCCUAACAUUAAUUUUGGCAUUCAUCUUUUCCUCUUGCUAAUGCAUUUUUGUGUUAAGUUCCAGGUGUUGACUUGGCAAUCUCUGUACAAGUGGAUAAUAGCUGAUGUAAUUCUCAAAUUAAAAAUUAUGAAGCAUAUAAUCUCAUGAGAAUGUAAACGAUUAUAACAUUGACAUGUAUAUCUCCAUAAACACUUUUUAAUGCAUAUGAAUGCAUGUCCUAAUGUGUAGAUUUUCAAUGCAGGAGUAUUGCUUGUGUAGACGUGUAAAUACACAUCUUUAGAAACAUUAAAUAUAUAGCCCUGUGCACUCUUCCAUUUGUCAGCAUUGAUGUACAUUUGUAAACUAUAUUGUUUGCCAAGGUGAUUCAUUUUAUUGAGGAUGUAGUAAGAUCUAGAAAAAUGUCAUUUGUAACAGCUAAGUUAAAAUGAUUUCCUUUUUUUUUUUUUUUUCCAUUUGUUUCCUAAAAAGAAUACUAGGUUGGUCUGUUGGUUUCAUAUUUUAUCUGAAUGGACCUGUUAAAAGAUAUUUUUGCUUCGCUAUCAAAAAAGCCACUGCAAAUUUGGAGAACACUACCAAGACUCUUCUUCACUAUGUUGGACUUGGCUUUUAGUAAUUUUGAUUACUCUUCCAAAUAAAGCUUAAAAGAACUAAGUUUUGUACCUCAUGUGUCAGUUUUUAUCAAAAUGUAUCCUUGGUACGGCUACAACAGUUCUACCUACUUUUCAAGUUUAACUUUUUAGUUCUUACUAUCUUAGUUUUUUUUUUUUUUUUAACGAUUAAGCAAGCUUUUUUUUUUUUUUAAAUUAGAUUUGUUUUGAAUAAAUUUAUUUCUAGGUUUUCAAGAAAUAAAAUGUAUGUCUUAUAAUUUGGAAUAAACAUACUGAUAGUAUUCUAUAAUGACUCUUGAGUGAAGCAAUCUACUACUGUUUCCCAGCUUUCUGUUUCUGUAUGAUGAUGUUUUAUUGAACAUGUCAUUUGAUUAAUUAAAACCUGUUGUUAAGCAUUUUCUGUAGUUUGCAUAUUUAAAAUUAUCCUUUAAGGCAAUAUAAUAAAAAUACAGUAAAAAUAUCAGGUUUUAAUGUAUGCAUGUAUGGCACUCUGUAUGGGACUUGUUUAACUGUCUUUUCUGUAGCCUUAUUUUAUUUUUGCUUUAGAUUGUCAAGUAUUUCAUUUAUUUGAAUAGCUAAAUCUAAUUUUUGUUGAUUUUUUUUUUUAUUUAUAAUAAUCUUAGUUAUCUAUUAUGGUUUCUAAAAUCAGGUUGCUUGAUAUAAAGAGUUGUGAUUUAUUGGAAAUGGUCAUUUGAUGAAUGACAUCAAAAUAAACAUAGGAACUUUUUCAA